AUGACGCAUACAGAGACCGGGAAGAGAUACUCACCUGUCCAAGAGGCAGGCCGAAUCUUUUCGUAUCUCUGUGACCAAGCCGAACGACUCAGCCUGCCGCCCCAGAUCGCGGAGCACAAAGAUGCUGUGUCGUUUUCAUCCUCCCACGACGAGAUCUACUACCCGAUUCCGUUCAAGGAGACAGAGACUUUGGCCGCAUUGAAGGGUAUCGAAGGCGCCGUAGCAGGCGCAAUUGCGGAUCUGAGAUAUGGCGAAUCGCAACAGAAUCGGAAUGUCAAGAUCAAUCUGGAAAAGGCGACGGCUUUCGGAUGCCAGGCUUACAUGGCCAAGGUGGAUGGACUCUCCAAGUUGGACCUGGCCGUCAAGUCGAAGAUCAAGGACACCGAUCUGCUCGCGGCGCAAUCCGAUGGCUAUCGUCGGAUGUCCGCCAAUCUCUACAAAACUAAGAACGAGGGUGAAUUCUUUCAUAUUCAUGGCUCGCUUGAGGCUACCACAACCCUCAACAUGAUUGGCCUGGAAGGCCAACGGCCCGACCUGACGGAUUACGAGGAGGUCAUCAAGGUCAUCGAGAGCCAUGUGCAGAAAUACAGCGCUGCGGAGCUGGAGGAGAUGAAUAGGGAGAGGAGACAGGCUGGUGUCACGGCCUUCAAAUACGAAGACUUUAUCAACACUCCACAUGGCAAACUUAACGUGCAGGAGCCCCCAUGGAAGGUGAAGCGUCUCAGAAGUGACCUACCCCCGACUCCCUUCCCUGCUAGCCGCAGUGGAAGUAAAAGGGUCCUUGAAGGAGUCAAAGUCUUGGAGCUCUGCCGUAUCAUUGCGGGCCCAACAGUCACGCGCAUUUUGGCCGAAUAUGGCGCAGAUAUUCUAAAGAUCACUAGCCCCAAUCUUUCCGACGUUCCCUUCUUCCAAGUUGAUGGUAAUAUGGGCAAGCACGCUGCGGAUCUGGACCUGAAGACUGAGGAAGGACGCCGUCAAUUCGAAGUACUUGUUGCGGACGCGGACGUCAUUAUUGAUGGUUACCGUCCCGGUGCAUUGGAGAAGCUCGGUUACGGACCUGACGCUAUGGCCCUCUUGGCAGAGAAACGUGGCAAGGGUAUUGUUUACGUGAACGAGAACUGCUUUGGCUAUGAAGGAGAAUGGGCUGGCCGGCCAGGCUGGCAGCAGAUUGCAGACUGUGUGACUGGUGUUGCAUGGGCCCAAGGGCAAUUUAUGGGCCUGUCCACCCCAGUGGUCCCUCCCUUCCCUAUUUCCGAUUACGGCACAGGUUGCAUGGCUGCUGUUGCCGCACUCACUGGUCUCUAUCACAGAGCCAAGACUGGCGGUUCCUACCAUGGCAUGGCUUCGUUGAUGCACUAUGACCUCUUGCUCUUCGCCGUGGGCAAAUACUCGGACGCUGUUCAGGAGAAGAUGCGGGCAGCCCAACCUGCAGAGUUCUUCAAGCUGCGUCACUGUGACAGCGUAGAUCGCAUUUCCUCGACAGUCCUGAAGAUCAUGCACUCGCGGUUCCCACAUCUCUAUGUGGCCCCAGAUAGCGAAUCUGCACAGGAGGCGCUCACCGAGAAGUGGUUCUCCAAGGCGUACAACGCCGACAUCGAGGUUGUUCGACCCAUCGCGGAGAUUGACGGCGUAGACAACAGUUUUGUUCGAGCCAGUCGACCCAAUGGCGCGGACCGCGCCAGCUGGGAGGAUUUCAACCUACCCGAGGAGGACCACAAGAAGGCUUGA